AGGAUGCAUUUAGAGAUGCUGUCAUUCUUGGAGAUUCGGCUGCGCGGGUCCACGGACCAGUGGACGGUAGUGCUCCUUUCCUCCCAGCACAGUUGAGGUGAUCAUUCUGGGAAGCCAUGCCCGUCGUUUUUAGGGGAUGGUAGGAGGAGGCUCAAGGAGUCUAGGACCGUCAGCCAAAUCUGCGUUUAGGGCGUUAUCUGCAGCUGGUUAUCGCACUACUGAUGCUAGCCUGCAGGGGGCACCAGCAGGUUGCCUCCUGGCUUGCUCACAGCCCUUCCCCGCCCUUCCCCACCAGCUCCCCACGUGGAGGAGGGGCUGGAACCAGAAGAAUGCGUUCCCGCCCCAAAGCUGACGUGUGCAUCGCUGCCGGCCGGACUCUUAAAAGCCCACGCGGAGCGCGGGGCAUCCCAGCAGAGCUGGAGAGGAGGCGAGCUGGAGGAAACCGCGGAGGACUGGACUGGCUCACUGGGACUGCGGCUGUCACUGCUCUUCGAGCAUCCCUGAGUGGGGGACUUCCUGAGUGGAGGGGCCAGGCCCUGCGGAAGUUGCGGGUGUAUCCCCAGACCCACGCCCCUUUCGAAGCGCUCGCGGAACCUCUCGCCCCGUGCGAGGGUUCGUCGUUUAGCACAAAGCACGUUUCCAAAAAAGCAGCGCUAGGGAGAGCGCCCGGGCCGCGCUUCCGCGCACAAACUCCCUCUUUCCCUUUGUUUCUGGGAGUCGACAAGCAGAUCUCUUCCCCAAGUCUGAAUUAUUCGCAAGAGGAGGGCCGCCGAGUCUAGGCUGUGAAGAUGCCCCUGGAGCUGACUCAGAGCCGGGUGCAGAAGAUCUGGAUCCCGGUCGACCACCGUCCUUCGUUGCCCAGAUCCUGUGGGCCGAAGCUGACCAACUCCCCAACAGUGAUUGUCAUGGUGGGCCUCCCAGCCCGGGGUAAGACCUACAUAUCCAAGAAGCUGACUCGAUACCUCAACUGGAUUGGUGUCCCCACGAAAGUGUUUAACGUUGGAGAGUACCGCCGGGAGGCUGUGAAGCACUACAGCUCCUACAACUUCUUCCGCCCUGACAACGAGGAGGCCAUGAGAGUCCGAAAGCAGUGUGCCCUCGCUGCCUUGAGAGAUGUCAAAAGUUACCUGACGAAGGAAGGGGGCCAAAUUUCAGUUUUCGAUGCCACCAAUACUACUAGAGAGAGGAGACACAUGAUCCUUAAUUUUGCCAAAGAAAAUGACUUCAAGGUGUUUUUCAUCGAGUCAGUGUGUGAUGACCCUACAGUUGUGGCCUCCAACAUUAGGGAAGUGAAAAUCUCCAGCCCGGAUUACAAAGACUGCAACUCAGCAGAGGCCAUGGAGGACUUCAUGAAGAGAAUUAACUGCUAUGAAGCCAGCUAUCAGCCCCUCGACCCCGACAAAUGUGACAGGGACCUGUCCUUGAUCAAGGUGAUCGACGUGGGCCGGCGGUUCUUGGUGAACAGAGUUCAGGACCACAUUCAGAGCCGGAUUGUGUACUACCUGAUGAACAUCCACGUGCAGCCCCGCACCAUCUACCUGUGUCGGCACGGAGAGAGUGAGCACAACCUCCAGGGGAAGAUCGGAGGGGACUCAGGCCUGUCCGUCAGGGGCAGGAAGUUUGCCAACGCCCUGAGCAAAUUUGUGGAGGAGCAGAACCUGAAGGACCUCAAGGUGUGGGCCAGCCAGCUGAAGAGCACCAUCCAGACGGCAGAAGCCCUUCAGCUUCCCUAUGAACAGUGGAAAGCGCUCAACGAAAUCGAUGCUGGUGUCUGCGAGGAGAUGACCUACGAGGAGAUCAAGGACACCUACCCUGAGGAGUACGCUCUGCGCGAGCAGGACAAGUACUACUACCGGUAUCCCACUGGGGAGUCCUACCAGGACCUGGUCCAGCGCCUGGAGCCAGUGAUCAUGGAGCUGGAGCGGCAGGAGAAUGUGCUGGUCAUCUGCCACCAGGCCGUCCUGCGCUGCCUGCUGGCCUACUUCCUGGAUAAGAGUGCAGAGGAAAUGCCUUACCUGAGAUGCCCCCUUCACACUGUCCUGAAGCUGACACCAGUCGCUUAUGGCUGCCGUGUAGAAUCCAUCUACCUGAAUGUGGAGUCCGUGAACACACACCGGGAGAGGUCAGAGGACGCAAAGAAGGGACCUAACCCGCUCAUGAGACGCAAUAGUGUCACCCCACUAGCCAGCCCCGAGCCCACCAAAAAGCCUCGCAUCAACAGCUUUGAGGAGCAUGUGGCCUCUACCUCCGCUGCCCUGCCCAACUGCCUGCCCCCGGAGGUGCCCGCGCAGCUGCCUGGACAACCUUUGCUAGGGAAAGCCUGUUUAACAUGAAUGGCUCCCAGAGCAGCGUCGACUCCUCCCAGACACACUGAGGCAGACCCAUCGGUUCCAUUCCAUUUCCAUUCCCGCAGCUUAGGUUGGGCUCUUCCCUCCACCCGAGGCCGACCAUGCCAACGGCUUCUCCCGGAAAGGGCUGUGCGGCGUAGAAGAGGGGUCUGCUGGUCAAAGUGAAUCUCUGCUCCCAACAGCACCUGGGCGGCCAAGACCCCAGCACGCCUUUCCUGUGUGUGCACAGAAUCUAGGCUUCUGUGGCCACCCUCAUCCCAUACUCUCCCCACUGUCCAGGCUGUGUGGCCUCACGGACCCUUCAUAAGACUUGGUGAGGACAAUGAGCCGUGGAGGAGGUGAGAGAAGGCCCUGAGGAGGGGACGGACGUUGGGCACCUCGUGCUGUUUUUUUGUUUCAUGUCUGUGACCUUGGCCUGGAAUGUUCCCAGCUGGGAAAAUGACAUUGGUCUCAGAAUCCUAAAAUUGAAGGGGCCUAGGUCCCAGUUGCUGACAGUUCAGGGACGUAGGAAACGUUCAUAAGGCUUGUUGGUGCAUCUUUGCCUGGGAUGUUGACCUGUGAAGACAAGACGAUUGCUGGGGUAGAGCCGGCCAGAGAGCCAGUCUGGAGGUGCAGACAGAAGUCCCUGAGCUGGACUCGCUCAUCAGCUAAGCAGUGACCCUCUCUGUGUCCACACACCGUCCCAGGGCUGUGCUCAGCCGCUGAAGAUGUUGGACAGUCUGGUGGUGUUGGCAAGAGGAAAUGGCCCCGGGGCCUCACCCUUCCUGGGACCUGCGUGGUCCCUCUGCCGCAGGCCUGGAUCAGAGGCACCUGAGUGAGACUGGCUUCCCUGGGGCUGCUUUGCUUUGAGAUUUUUUUCUGGCAGAACAUGUGACCUGAACAUCACACCUUCCCUUCAGGAAUUUAGAUUUUUGGGUUUUGUGCCCCUGGGGGCUAGAGCUCUUGAAGAAUGUGGGGAGUCAGGCAUUCCCAUGAGAUGGGGGGCGCAGAGGAACCCCAGUAAAUGGCUGGGAGCAAGCGCUCAGAUCAUUGCAAGACAGCCCCCGGGAGACAGCAUGGAGAAGAACAAGGAUCCAGCCUCCUUCCUUCAGGACAUUCAUCACGUCCCAUGUUUCCCAGGUGGGGACAGGGGCCCAAGCCAGGCCUCACUCUGGGCCACUUCCUCUAAGAGGCUAUGUUCAUCGCCUCCUGCAGGAGUCGCUCAUUCCCGCACGUUUUCAUGGAGCAUCUGCUGUGUGCCGAGCAUGGUGUGGGUUCCUCGGGGAAUGUCCUCUCUUGCCUUAGUGGCACCUGUGACAUUUUUUGGGGGGCAUUUCAAGCAGGAAUUGGGGAACAUGUGAUUCUAAAUACCUGUAGUUUCUAUCUCCUUGUUGCCUCCAAGUAGAGGGUGUCCUGAGGUCCAGAAGAAAUGGUUUGGAGACAGUGUCCAAAUGACCUUUGAGGAUCUUUCUAAAAGCUGGUGCCAAAGGUCAUGUUCCUUUCCUGCCCUCUGCUUUUGAGCCUGACAUCCUCAUCCUGCUUGGCCUGUGAGCUAGCUGAGAGUAGGGGUGGGCAGGCUGAGACAGAGGGAGUGGGAAGUGGAGAGAACCGCUAUUUUUACUUGAGAGGAGCUUUUAGAGAGUGUACGUUUAUCUGAUUAGGAUUACUUGGAAGUGGAACAUGCUUCAGAUACCAUACAAUAAAAUGGGAGGUUUUCACACCAAAUCACUCAACCCCUGCCCCUUACUUUGCAGUCUGCCUGAGAGGAUCUGUAUGUAACAUUCUGUACCACUGAAGAUGGGUUAUUUUCCCUCUUUCUCGCUAUCUUGUGUCCGGUUGACACGAGUGUGUGCUUGUAGGGUGGGCGUAUAUUUAGGCAGAGGGGCCUGUGGUUCUGCUCUUGAGGAAGACUUCACUGUGUCCCACUUUCUGGAAUUCUCUUCCUGGUUGUCAGAGCUAGCUCUGGUUUUUGACUCUUACAGCAGAUUUGAGUGGGGCUGCAUGAAGGUGCACCCCUCGCCUCUGACAGCCUGAAGUAGGUACAGACAAAUGAGGCUUUGCCUCCCACAGAACAUAGUUGUAAGGGCCUGGGUGGGGCAUAGGCAUGAAUAUGGAUGGGGAGGGAGCCCUGGGAGGAGCAGAAUGCUGCUGAGGUCACCUCUGAGGAGGUAUUGGAUGGAGGGUGUAUGGGAGCUGCAGGCACGGAGCACUUGCUACUUUAUUGCCUCUCACUCCCCCUCACUGCCCCCCCCCCCCAAAAAAAAAUCUGGGACCAAUUUUUUUAACUUUGCAUAUUUGUUUUUGGGUAGGUGUACCCCUCUCCUUUUUCUGUCCUGAGACCCUGGACAAAACUCUUCAUUUGGGGGGAGAAGAAAAACUGUUUGAACCACACCAAUGAUGAUUUUGUUUGUAAUACUUGAAAGUUAUUUUUUUAUUAUUUUGAUAGCAAAUGUGCUAUUUAUUUAUUUAAUGUGUAUAAAGGAGCUUGAACAUAGACAAUUUCUUACUUUGGGUUGUUGUUUGUCGGUUGGCUUGGGGCCUUUUAUGUGCGACUUAAGACUUCUCUGCAUUCUGUAUAUUUGUCUGAAUUAAUUAUCUGGGAUGAAGCUGUGCCGGCUUUCACACAGGGGCUGCCUUUCAGAAAUUUGUAUAUUUUGCAGUUGCCAAAACAAUAAAAUACCCAAUUGAAUUACA